ACAAAAAUCCACUACAGAGAAACAGAAAAAAGUGCAGGGACUUGGCUAAAACAGUGCAAAACCCAGGCCGCCGCCACCAUCUCUACCGCCGCUGCCGCCGCCACCACACCAGCCAUGCGGACCCUAAUUUCGAGAGGCAAACUGUGGAAAAUUUUCUCGACCCAUUUGGGUUCUUCUUCUACUACUACUGCUAUUGGGAGGUCUACAAUUAAGGGUCAUCGGCGAGGGUACAGUUUGAUUCCGAUGGUGAUAGAGCAUUCCUCAAGAGGGGAAAGAGCUUAUGAUAUUUUCUCACGCCUAUUGAAGGAGCGAAUCGUUUGCAUAAACGGACCCAUUUCCGACGACACCGCCCACGUCGUGGUUGCGCAGCUCCUCUUCCUUGAAUCCGAAAACCCUUCUAAACCCAUCCAUAUGUACCUCAACUCUCCCGGUGGCGCCGUCACUGCCGGUCUUGCAAUCUAUGAUACAAUGCAGUACAUCCGCUCUCCCAUCAACACUAUAUGUAUGGGUCAAGCUGCUUCAAUGGGUUCUCUUCUUUUGGCUGCUGGUGCAAAGGGUGAAAGGAAAUCACUCCCUAAUGCUACCAUUAUGGUCCAUCAGCCUUCUGGUGGCUAUAGUGGACAGGCUAAAGAUAUGACCAUUCACACAAAGCAGAUAGUUCGAGUUUGGGAUUCUCUGAAUGCUUUAUAUGCAAAGCAUACUGGGCAACCUUUAGAAACAAUUAAAACACUUAUGGACAGGGACCAUUUUAUGACCCCAGAAGAGGCAAAGGAAUUUGGAAUAAUUGAUGAGGUUAUAGAUCAGAGACCAGUGGCCUUGGUGACUGAUGCUGUUGGGACAGAGAAAUAAUAUUACUUUGAGGAAACUUCAUAUCAGGACGGGCAUUUUAUGAGAACUAAACGUAGGUAUAUCUUUUUCGUGUAUGAAGUGAUCAACCUUUGAGAAUCAAGCAUGCAUCUGCUGGCUAUAAAACAGGCCGUUGGGAAGAAGAAGAAUAAUUUGUUGAUUGUGCCUCUGUUGCAUAAAAUGGUAGUUUACUUUUAGUCAUGUGGCUGAUUAUUUUUUUGUUGACUUGGCAAAAAAGGUCUCAACUUCUAGAAGAGGAGGAGAACAAAUAGUUCACUUUACUAUGAUCUUGAUGCAUGUAACACACUUUUUUCCUUCCACCUUGUAGGAUUUUUCACCAAUGUUGGAUAUUUUAAUCUUGUGGGAAAGAUAAUGUAUGAUAUUUUGUAGUGCUUUUUUUUC